AUGGGCAAGCAAAACGACGGCGUUGCUACCGGCUCCGACGACUUCAAGCUCGUCGGCUUCUCCAACUUCGUCCGGUCCAACCCCCGGUCGGACCGCUUCCCCGUCCGCCGCUUCCACCACGUCGAGUUCUGGUGCACCGACGCCACCAACGUCUCCCGCCGCUUCUCCUGGGGCCUCGGCAUGCCCGUCGUCGCCAAGUCUGACCUCUCCACCGGCAACGCCACCCACGCCUCCUACCUCUGCCGCUCUGGCGACCUCUGCUUCCUCUUCACCGCCCCCUACUCCCCCUCCAUCGCCGCCUCCGAAGGCCUCGACCCCUCCUCCACCGCCUCCCUCCCCUCCUUCUCCUACUCUGAUUGCGUCGCCUUCGCCGCCAAGCACGGGCUCGGCGUCCGCGCCGUCGCCGUCGAGGUCGAGGACGCCGACGCCGCCUUCCGCACCAGCGUCGCCCACGGCGCCAGGCCGGUCUCGCCGCCAGUCGUCCUCGACGGCCGCGCCGCCGUCGCCGAGGUCCACCUCUACGGCGACGUCGUCCUCCGCUACGUCAGCUACAAAACCCCGGCCUCCGAUCGCGAUAACUCCACUCCGGACUCCUGGUUCCUGCCUCGGUUCGAGCCGAUGGGCGAGAUCUCUUCCUUCCCGCAAGACUUCGGAAUCCGGAGGCUCGACCACGCCGUCGGGAACGUCCCCGAGCUCGGCGCGGCGAUCUCGUACGUGAAGCAGUUCACCGGCUUCCACGAGUUCGCCGAGUUCACCAAGGACGACAUCGGGACCGACGAGAGCGGGCUCAACUCGGUCGUGCUGGCGAACAACGACGAGAUGGUCCUCCUGCCGAUGAAUGAGCCGGUAUUCGGGACGAAGAGGAAGAGCCAAAUCCAGACCUACUUAGAGCACAACGAGGGUGCCGGGGUGCAGCACCUGGCGCUGAUGAGCGAGGAUAUCUUCCGGACGCUGAGGGAGAUGAGGAAGCGGAGCAGCGUUGGCGGGUUCGAGUUCAUGCCGUCGCCGCCGCCCACGUAUUAUCGGAACCUGAAGGGCCGGGCCGGGGACGUGUUGACGGACGAGCAGAUCAAGGAGUGCGAGGAGCUAGGGAUUCUGGUGGACAGGGACGAUCAGGGGACUCUGCUCCAGAUCUUCACUAAGCCUGUGGGUGAUAGGCCGACCAUAUUCAUAGAGAUCAUACAGAGAGUGGGAUGCAUGCUCACUGAUGAUGUCGGAAAACUGUAUCAGAAGGGCGGAUGCGGAGGGUUCGGGAAGGGCAACUUCUCGGAGCUCUUCAAGUCCAUCGAGGAGUACGAGAAGACGCUCGAGUCCCGGCGAGUUGGCGAGUCGGCCUCCGCCUGAACUCGAUUUGCCUUUGGCCAUCCAUUUGUUUCCUCUAAGGGGGUGGGGUUUCUAGUGGAAGCAACAAUAGUCCUGUCGCUGUAUAUUUGAGUGCUAAGUAAUGAUGGAAUAAACGACUCUUUACCGAUGAAGUUGGACGCGUUUGUGCUUCUCUGAUAAAACAAUAAUGGGAAGUUUCUCUGGUUCACGGCAUGGACCAGCAAAGAAGGAUGAACUUUGUGAACAGAUCGAUAACGACAGUUCCUUCGUUCUUGCC